UCUGGCGUCGUUGCAGGCAUGGACUGGGUUGCUCAGAACGCAACUCCCGGCAAGUCUGUUGUAAACAUGUCUUUGGGUGGUGGCAAGUCCCAGGCUAUUGACGAUGCGGCCGGUCGUCUGUUUGCUGCCAACAUCCCUCUAAUCGUCGCUGCAGGCAACGACGAGAACCAGGACGCCUGCGAUGGCUCGCCCUCCGGUGCGGCCAACACACUCACGGUUGCCGCAUCGGACAACACUGACACCACCGCGUCAUUCACCUCGUACGGAUCCUGUGUCGAGAUCUUUGGACCUGGUGUCGACAUUACCUCGUCUUGGAUCGGUGGCGCCAACGCCAAGAACACGAUCUCGGGCACUUCGAUGGCGACUCCCCAUGUGGUCGGUGUUGCUGCGUUGUACCUCUCUCAGGGUGGUAUCGACUCUGCACAGGCUUUGUUCGACAAGCUCACUAGCACCUCGACUCCCGACAAGAUCCAGGGUGACCUCAAGGGAUCGCCCAACAAGCUGGUCUACAACGGCGGUGCCAACUAAGGUGGACACUUUUUAUUUUUCAUGCAGGUCAUGGA